AAUUUCUUUGUUCAGCAAAAAAUGUUGGGUACAGGGUUCUUAAUGGCAGUCGCGAAUCCAAAACUUAACUGACCUGAAUUUGGCAACAUCGACAAUUUGGUGGAAGAAAACCAGAAAAUAAUCAUCUGAACCAACAAACAGACACGACUUUAAUCCUGUUGUCUUCCUUUUCUAUCUGGCGAGAUCAUAAAGGCUGCUCCGUGUACUGUCCCCGCAGAGGGUUUCGAUUCAGCGGAGGAAUCCCAGCAGUAGUAAUUGAAGGUAGCAGAGCAGUGGGUGAUGGCAAGAAUAAAGCCCCAAACUCUUCUACAACAGAGCAAAAAGAAAAAAGGGCCAACUCGAAUAAGUGCUACCACUAUCAUUCUUUGCAGCUUGAUUAUCAUCUUGACUGUGUCCUUUCUCUUUGUCACAUAUAAACACUGGUCUCAGAGGUCAAGAAUUCAAACAGAUAGUGGCAGAUCCAUUAUUGAGGGUAAUGCAUUUGUGGAUCCAAAGAAACACGAUCUCCCUGGAUAUGCUAUUUUGAAUACCGCAAGGGGUGUUAUAACUGUGGAACUUUUCAAGGAUAGCUCUCCAGAAGCUGUUGAUGAAUUCAUUGACUUAUGUCAAAAAGGAUACUUCAGGGGGAUGCUUUUUCGCCGGGUAAUAAAGCAUUAUGUAAUCCAAGCAGGGAACAAUGAGUUAGGGGCAACUGAAGAUUGGACUUUGAGAGGGAAGCAUUACAAUCGACUCGAUACUAGUUUAAAACAUGAAGCUUUCAUGGUUGGAACUUCUAAGGCUAAAAAUGAUGAUGGAGGAUUCGAUAUUUUCAUCACAACUGCACCAAUACCUGAUCUAAAUGAGAAGCUUACUAUUUUUGGGCGGAUCGUCAAGGGAGAGGAUGUUGUUCAGGAAAUUGAAGAGGUAGAUACCGACGAGCACUAUCAGCCUAAAUCGACUAUCGGCAUAAUUGAUGUGACUUUGCAGCAGAAAAUCUAAAUGUUUCCACAUCAAUUAAUCAGAAUUUUGUCCUACAAUGCAUGAUUCUCUCAUCCUUUGUAAUUGAAUUCAUGGCCCUGCAAAGAAGCUUGUCACGGGAAGGCAGAGAGACUUCUGUGAAAAUCAUCUUUUGUCUGGAGCCACCAAAGGAUGGAAUACUUUGCUUAAAAGCUUCAAGUUUUUCUUAAAACUUCUCUCAUUGAUUAAUGCAUGGCAUGUAUAACUGAAACAUAGAAAGGGUAUAUUUUUGUUAAUUAUAUUUUGUACUAUCAAAUAUCAAUUUGAUGUAAUUUUCAUUU